AUGGGUCGUAAAAAGAAAAUUGUCUCUUUUCCGUAUGGAAAUUUUGAAAAACGGGAAGAAAAGUGGAAAAUUGUUCGUGUGGUAAGUGGUAACACCAAACAUGGACAGGCAAUGGGUCGUACUGGAUAGGCAAUGGAUCGUACUGGACAGGCAUUGGAUCGAACUGGAUAGGCAAUGGGUCGUAAAAGAAAAUUGUCUCUUUUCCGUAUGGAAAUUUUGAAAAACGGGAAGAAAAGUGGAAAAUUUUUCGUGUGGUAAGUGGUAACACCAAACAUUUUGCAUUUUCUGAUUUUCAUAAUUUGCGUAUAUAUUUUGUCAAGAAGAAUUUCCAACAAGAAUUUCAUGCUUCAUUUGUUUAUUGUCCUUUUUUAAAUUGUUUAAAAGUGUCAAGAGAAGACGACAGGUUACAACGUGCGAAAGAUGCGUUAAAGAACGCGUUACAGGAAUUGGAAUCAGAGCCACAGAGCUCCAGCCGGAUAAACAACGCACGAGCAACAGCUACUCGGUCUCCGAAUAUCGAUGUCGUUGAUCAACAAAGACAAAGUGCAACUGAUGAUUUUAGGUGA